GCGGCACCAACCGCAGAGACGCAGAGAGGAAGACUCCGGGGACGGAGGAGGGGUCCGUCUGUCUGCCUGCCUGCCUGCCUGCCUGCCUGCCUGUCUGUCUGUCUGCCUGUCUGUCGAUACGAGGAGUUGCACAAUAACACGGACCAAUGUAACUUGUGGAAACCGUUCAAAGCUUUCGAGUAAGCGGGACGUUAUUGGCUCCUCUUCAGUUGUGUUCGGGUGUGAUGCCACCAUGGAGGCGCAGAACAACAACCAGCCCACCUUAGACAACCACAACAAUAUCUACAAGAUACCUGGUCAGGAGGAUCAGAAAAACAUGCCGAGCUGUAAGUACUGCUGCACUCUGUCGAACUUUCGGAUCGAGAAGAAGAUCGGUCGGGGGCAGUUCAGCGAGGUCUACAAAGCCACGUACCUGCUGGAGGGACAGCUGGUCGCACUCAAGAAAGUCCAGAUCUUUGAGAUGAUGGAUGCCAAGGCUCGUCAGGACUGCAUCAAAGAGAUCGAUCUGUUAAAGCAGCUGAAUCACCCCAACAUAAUCAAAUACCUAGACUCAUUUAUUGAAGACAAUGAGCUCAACAUUGUUCUGGAGCUGGCAGAUGCUGGAGAUCUGUCCCAGAUGAUAAAGUACUUCAAGAAGAAGAGGCGGCUCAUCCCUGAAAGGACUAUAUGGAAAUAUUUUGUGCAGCUGUGCAGCGCUCUGGAGCACAUGCAUUCACGUAGAGUGAUGCACCGCGAUAUCAAGCCAGCCAACAUGUUCAUAACAGCCACAGGGGAAGUAAAGCUGGGUGACCUGGGAUUAGGCCGCUUCUUCAGCUCUAAAACCACUGCAGCGCACUCCUUAGUGGGGACACCGUACUACAUGUCACCAGAGAGGAUCCAUGAGAAUGGAUACAAUUUUAAGUCAGAUAUCUGGUCCCUGGGAUGUCUUCUGUAUGAGAUGGCGGCGCUGCAGAGUCCAUUCUAUGGCGACAAGAUGAACCUACUCUCCCUCUGUCAGAAGAUAGAGCAGUGUGAUUACCCUCCCCUCCCACCUGACCACUACUCUGAAAAGCUGCGGGACCUGGUCAGCAUGUGCAUCAACCCGGUCCCAGACCAGAGGCCGGACAUCGUGUUCGUGCUGCAGAUCGCCAAACAGAUGCACAUGUGGACUUCCAGCACUUGAGCACCAGCCCCUCUGUGCUCAGUCUGAGGACCUUAAACCACUAGAUGUGAGCUCCAGCUGGUCUUAUUUUGCCUUACUGUCAUCUCAUCAGGAGGAAAGACUUUACACAAGUGGGCUGUGAUGUUUAAACACCCACACAUCCAUUUUUUUUUUCUUUUUUUCUUUUUAAAUCUUUAUUUAUUCAGGGAAGUUUCACUGAGAGGAAGUUUAACCUUUCAAGGAAGUCCCUGAUCACAUUCACAAAGUUACACACAGUUACACAUCUGGAAGCUGCUCAGUAGAACCACAGUGUGAUCUGCAGGCCACUGAGCAGCUCCACUGGAGCACUUUUGGGUUAAGGGCCUUUUCCUCAAGGGCACCUCAGUGGUAGCAAUGAGGGGGGGGCAACCCAGAUUCAUCCUGCCGGUCUGGUGAUUGAACCGAUGACCUCCUGGUCACAAGUUCACGUCUUUACAUUUCCUCUAAUGGAGGAUGGGAAGAGUUGCGUUAGUGGUGGGGCGCUCAUGGGAAGUGGAGUUUAUUAAAGCACACUUGUUCAUAUGAGAGGUGACUGCAUUUAUUGAGAUUUGUGUCUUGGUGACAUCACAGGUUUCUUUAAGUUUUUUUUUUUCUUUUUUCUUGUCUAUCUCCACAGGGGUUGCAUUCCAAGUUCAUACCCUGUGUGUUUCAGACAGUGUGUGCAGUCUGAGCUGGGCAAUAGAAUAUUUAUCAUCUAUCAUCUAUCAUAGUAAUCAUAUCAUACAUUUUCUUUAAUAUCGCCAGUUAAAGUACAACGUUAAGGGGUGUAAAUGGACAUGUACUAAAUACUUACUCACCAUAACUGAGUCAUAUUUCUCAAAAAGAAAGAAUGCAGCUUUGCUUGUCAGCUUGCAGUCAUUUAUUUCUAUCAGAAGAAGCCAGAGAGAGUGUGGUGAAAGCUCCUUAUCUCAACAUGAUCACUUCAUAUGUCAUAGUUCACAUUUAGGUUUUUAAGACUUGUUUGCCCCCAAAAAUAAUGUAUUCUAUGACAAAAUAAUCAGCUUUUUCCAGAGCGUUCAACCACAUCUCACAGCUUUCAGUAGCAGAUGGAGUUUUAGUUGUCAGUUCCAGCUUUGACUAAUGACUGUGGGAUGUGGUUGAAAUGUCUGGAAAAAAGCUAGAAAGGAGACCUUUAUCAAAUUAUCAACAACACAAUGUUGUAAUGAUCUUUAAAGAUGAUUUUUGAGAGUUUUUUUACCCUGUAUCAGAGCCAUACUGUUUACAAUGGGCAGCCUCUGGCCAAUCAGAAACAAGUAUUCUGCAGGAGUCUGGAAAAAUAACCCUGAUGAUGUCACAGUGAUGUCAUCAGGGUUGGAGCAGGCGUGGAGUUUGAAACACAGAGAUGUUUACCAGCAAAAUAAAGUCUGAUAGAAGAUACAAUUCAGUUGCAUUUUGGGAAAUGUAGUGUUUCUGGAGCUUGAUUCAUAAAAACGAAACAUCAGCUUAUCUCAGCCUCUGCUGCCAUUUUUAUUUUAAUUUCACAAUUCAACAUUAUAGACUUAAAGUGAGAGAAAAGCAGAGAUCUUCAUCAUCUUCAUCAUCAGGUUUCUGUUUUUCAGGAUAUUUUAAAAAGACUGGACUCGUGUUUUUUCUUACUGCCCAGUCUCAGCGUGUGAACUCAUGACUCACAAACUGUGUCGACCUCUGACGCCUCUGAGUGACUUCUGUUUUAAUACGUUUGUGUUAUGUUAGAUUUUUGCAUAUCAUGUUCAGUGUUGAUUGUGGAAUUAAGAAGGAAAGAAGAACUUCUAUAAAAAGGAAUUUAGAGCUGAAAUCAUCAUCAUCAUCAUCAUCAUCAUCAUCAUCAUCAUCUCUCCUCGUUGGAAACUGAAGAAAUUCCACAUUAUCCAGCGCUGCAGUGUCUGUUUAUUAUCAAUCUAAAUACACAAAGUAACAAAAAAAGAAUGGUGGUCAUAGUCGUGGUGGAGGGUGUUGUGUUUUUUUUUUUUAAUUUUAAUUAUUUUUUAGUGUUCCAAAGAUGUUGGAUAAGAUUUUAAGUUUUAUGGGAUGUACAAUCCCACAAUGGCGUUUGUUCAAAGUGUUUCUAUGUGCAAAUAUAGACCAUUGUUACUGUGAACACCAUAGAAAUGAGAUGCUGUGAAAGUCAUGUUGAUAGAUAGUAGUAAACAAGAAUAUUUUUAUAAAUGAAUAUCAAACAGUGCCUUACCACACAAUAGUUGAAUCCAUGUGUUAACGACAGCUUGUAUUCUAUGCUGUAAGGUAGGAAAGGGGGAGGUUUAGAGUUUGCAUCAUGUUUCGAUGACUUACUGUAUAUCUUGUACUCAUAUCUUCUUGUUCCAUCUACUGUACUUAUUGAAUUGUGACUUUUCACUCCAAAGUAUUGUGCCAUGUUUUUACCAACUGUACUUUUCUGUGCAACGUGAUAUUAAAUUUGCUCUGUGUGGA